AUGGACCCGAGAAAAGUGGAGACAGUGAAGAAUUGGACCGUCACCAAAACAGUUAAGGAUGUGCAAGCAUUUCUAGGUUUUGCUAACUUUUACCGCCGAUUUAUACGUGGAUUCUCGGAAGUGGUUUCUCCCCUUACCAGACUGACGUGUAAGGAUAUAUCAUUUGGAUGGACACCCGAAGCCCAAACCGCCUUCAACGCCCUGAAAGAAGCCUUCACCACGGCUCCCAUUCUUACUCAUUUUGACCCCGAGAAAGAAAUCACCGUGGAAACUGACGCAUCUGACUAUGUCUCUGCCGGCCACUCCCCCGCCGAAUGCAACUACGAGAUUUACGACAAGGAACUACUGGCAAUUAUUCGGUCUUUUGAGGAAUGGCGACCGGAACUUGAAGGAGCUGCACACCCAAUCGCCGUCAUAUCCGAUCAUAAAAAUCUCGAAUACUUUAUGAGAGGGAAACCGGACGCGUUGACAAGAAGAUCAGGAGAUCUCCCUGGAGAGGGGGAUGAAAGACAAUUGCAUCAGAGUCAAGUGGUAUUAAAGAAGGAGAACCUUGAUGUAAAGCUAAGUUUGUUGGCGGGUUCUUUCUCAAACGAGCCCGCUGAAAAGAAGGCCUCACUGCAUGGACUGUUCGAUGAAGGAUAUAGCGCUGACCCAUGUCCACAAAAGAUACUGGAUAUGCGGAACAAAGAUGAACGACAAUCAAAGGACAUAUCACUCGCCGAAUGCACCGAGGUUGAAGGCCGAUUACUUUACCGAGGCAGCAUAUAUGUCCCCGAUUACAACCCUCUUAAGCUCCGAAUCCUCCAACUUUAUCAUGACGCUGCCUCUGCUGGACAUCCGGGACGCGAAAAAACAUUCGAACACAUCAGUCGAGACUACUACUGGCCCCUUAUGCGGAAUUAUAUUGCCCGCUACGUUCGGAACUGCCACACCUGUCAACGAAGCAAGCCCAAUACCCACGGAAAACUCGGCGUACUUCGACCUUUACCGAUUCCCGAACAACCAUGGCAGGAGGUAUCAAUGGACUUCGUUACCGGACUAUCGGAGAGUGAAGGGUACGAUGCAAUUAUGGUAGUUGUUGACCGGUUAACGAAGAUGCGACAUCUCCUCCCCUGUAAUACAACUAUCAACUCCGAAGACGUCGCCCAACUAUACCUGCGAAACAUAUGGAAGCUCCACGGGCUACCCACACACGUCACCUCCCACCGUGAUACCCAAUUUACAGCCAAGUUUUGGAAGGCUCUUUGUAAACACCUCGACAUCGAAGCAAGGAUGUCUACCGCCUUCCACCCGGAGACCGACGGCCAAACCGAAGGCUGA